CCCCGAGCUCAGCCCACCCUCCAUCUCCCUUCCCUCUUUCUCCUCCUCUACCUUAGCUAGAUAGCUAGUACUAGCAGCAGCGGCAGCCAUGGCCACAGCACUCAGCAGCCAGCUCCGCGUGCCUCUCUCCCUCCGCGUGGCGGCGGCGCCCGCGCCCGCGCCCACCCGCGUGUCGGUGCUGCAGGCCAACAACAAGCUCGGCGACAGGCUGCGCGUGCAGGCCACCUUCAACGUGAAGCUCAUCACCCCCGACGGCGAGGUGGAGCUGCAGGUGCCCGACGACGUCUACAUCCUCGACCAGGCGGAGGAGGAAGGCAUCGACCUGCCCUACUCCUGCCGCGCCGGCUCCUGCUCCUCCUGCGCCGGCAAGGUCGUCUCCGGCGAGAUCGACCAGUCCGACCAGAGCUUCCUCGACGACGACCAGAUGGCCGCCGGCUGGGUGCUCACCUGCCACGCCUACCCCAAGUCCGACGUCGUCAUCGAGACCCACAAGGAGGACGACCUCAUCUAAUUAAAUUCCUCCAUCCAUUUUCACUUCGAUACCUAAUAUUAUUUAUCAUCUCUCCUACGUACGUCUUAAUUAUUUUCCCAGCUACCAUGCAUGCAAUAUAAUACUGUAUGUAGUAUACACGUACGUACAUACGUAUCCUAUACUGCUACUCCGUAUAUGUACAUGCAUGUGUGCGUGUAUCCAUCUUUUGAGUGAGAUAACAGGCGUGCCCUCCAAUCGGGUUGUUUAUUAAAUUAACGGGGUAAUUUCGUUCUUGCCCCCUGCUUUAA